AUUAGGGAGUUGUUAAGGAGUCGGUUUCCACUCUUCCGGGAGAGAUUCUCUCCGUAUUCUGUUAGGAUUAUUAGGAUCUCAUAGUUUUUCACUCCCUCUAUACAUAUAACUCCUUCCCCCACUCCCCGUUAUAAACAUCCAAUCAAAUCAAACCUCUACCCGGCAUCGGGAUCUUCAGAUGGCGACUUCCACCUGCUCCGCCGUCGACCUGAUCCCUCUCCUCGGCGGCGCCACCAACGCCACCGCCGCGGCUCACUUCAUCUGCGACCAAUUCAACAGCGUCUCCGGCAAAUUCGCCGACACCGGCCACGCUGUCGACACCAGCUUCCUCCUCUUCUCCGCCUACCUCGUCUUCGCCAUGCAGCUCGGCUUCGCGAUGCUCUGCGCCGGAUCUGUCAGGGCGAAGAACACCAUGAACAUCAUGCUGACGAACGUCAUCGACGCCGCCGCCGGCGGUCUCUUCUACUUCCUGUUCGGAUUCGCCUUCGCCUUCGGAGGCCCUUCCAACGGCUUCAUCGGGACCCACAACUUCGGCCUCACCGGAUUCCCCUCCGAGUCCUUCGAUUACAGCUACUUUCUCUACCAGUGGUGCUUCGCCAUCGCGGCGGCCGGAAUCACCAGCGGUUCGAUCGCGGAGAGGACUCAAUUCAGCGCGUAUCUGCUCUAUUCCGCGCUGUUGACGGGAUUCGUUUACCCGAUCGUGUCCCAUUGGUUCUGGUCCGGCGACGGCUGGGCGAGCGCUUCCAGAUCCGACGGGAAUCUUCUAUUCGGAUCUGGGGUUAUUGAUUUUGCAGGUUCAGGGGUCGUUCAUCUGGUUGGGGCCGUUGCCGGGCUUUGGGGAGCCCUAAUUGAAGGGCCCAGGAUCGGCCGGUUCGAUCAGACCGGCAAACCGGAGUCAAUCAAGGGCCACAACGGGGCUUUGGUGGUGAUGGGCACUUUCCUCUUGUGGUUCGGGUGGUACGGGUUCAACCCGGGUUCCUUCGUCACCAUCUCCAAGGCGUACGGCGCGGGAGGCUCGUUCUACGGCCAGUGGAGCGGAGUGGGCAGGGCGGCGGUGACCACCACGCUCUCCGGCUGCGCGGCCGCCCUCACGACGCUCUUCGCGAAGAAGGUGCUGAUCGGGCACUGGAACCUGACCGACGUCUGCAACGGUCUGCUCGGCGGGUUCGCGGCGAUCACCGGCGGCUGCUCGGUGGUGGACCCGUGGGCGGCCGUCGUCUGCGGAUUCGUGGCGGCGUGGGUCCUGAUCGCGUGCAACUACCUGGCGGAGAGGGUCCAGUACGACGACCCCUUGGAAGCGGCCCAGCUCCACGGCGGGUGCGGGGCGUGGGGGAUCAUAUUCACGGCCCUGUUCGCGGAGAAACGGUACGUGAACGAGGUGUACCCGGGGGUGGCGGGGAGGCCGUACGGGCUGCUGAUGGGCGGCGGAGGGAAGCUGAUGAUGGCCCACCUGGUGCAGAUAGCGGUGAUCGUGGGGUGGACGAGCGUGACGAUGGGUCCCCUGUUCUUCGUCCUGCACAGAUUGGGACUGCUCAGGAUAUCUCACGAGGAGGAGACCGCGGGGAUGGACCUCACCAGCCAUGGCGGCUAUGCUUAUAAUGACGACGACAUUGGCGAGGCCAAGAGAAGGGAACAGGGCAUGAGGCAUGGCAGGAGUCUAAUCGUGGGCCCCUUGAUCCUGACUAAGCCAGCUCCCUCGUCUAGGUCUGGUCUGCCGCUGCUCGUGGCCGAGGCCGAGCGCCUGACCUGCCUUCGGAAACCUCUGGAUGGAAGGCCGGCCGUGGUUGCUCCGAGGAUGACCAACCCUGCCGGGGCCGAGUGCGCAGUGCUGGCGAGGCGCUCUUUGCUGGUCUUUUGUCCUGGUUCCGUCAAGUGGGCCUUGGCAAAGUUGGGCUAGGCCGUCUUCCUGCUGGGCUGGAUACCCCCAUUCCCGGGUAUCCAUCAGAAUCGAUAUCAAAAAUUACCGAAAAACCAGAGAGAAUCGAAUCGAGAAAUACCGAAUCGAAAAAAUACCCCUAAAAUAUCGAAUCGUACCGAACAUUCGGUUCAAUAUUUGAGAACGGUUCUCAUACCGAAAAUCUCGAACCGAAUAUAUAUACUAAAAUGUUAUAAGUAUAAUAAUCUUUUUAUAGUUUU